AUGUCUGUAGCCUGUGAGCGCGCGUGUGCGUCAGUGUGUCGCCGCGAGUUUCCCGCCGGUUGAAGCAUGGAGGAAUUGGCCAGAGAGAGCAUCAGUCUGCUGGCUUCGGCCUCAGCCAAGCCCCCGCUGGACGUGACCGCCGGGCCUCGGCUCGGCUCCAUGGGGGCCAUUUUCAUCAUGCUGAAGUCCGCCCUGGGCGCCGGCCUCCUCAAUUUCCCCUGGGCCUUCGAGAGAGCCGGGGGCAUCCGCAGCGCAGUCACCGUGGAGCUGGUCUCCCUCGUGUUCCUGGUCAGUGGUCUGAUCAUCCUGGGCUACUCUUCAUCCAUCAGUGGCCAGUGCACUUACCAGGCGGUGGUGAAGGAGGUGUGCGGGCCGGCCAUCGGUCAGCUGUGUGAGAUAUGCUUCGUCUUCAACCUCUUCAUGAUCUCUGUGGCCUUUCUGGUUAUAGUGGAUGACCAGCUGGAGAAGUUGUGCGGCUCUUUGUAUGAGCUGGUAACUGGUUUGCCGGAGUCAGAGAUGCCGUACCACUUCUACACAGACCAGCGCUUCGCCCUGGUGCUGCUCUGCAUCCUCCUCAUCCUGCCACUGUCCAUCUCCAAAGAGAUCAGCAUUCAGAAAUACAUCAGUGUUCUGGGCACUCUGGCUGCGACCUACCUAACCAUUGCUAUCAUCAUCAAAUACCACACCAGGCCUUCUGUUCUGGUUCACAUCGCCCCUCUCUACAGCAGUGGAAUCAGCUCCUGGGCCUCCAUGUUCAGUGUCAUCCCGACCAUCUGCUUCGGUUUUCAAUGCCACGAGGCGUCCAUCGCCAUCUACAGCAGCAUGGAGAACCAGCGGCUCUCUCACUGGGUCUUCAUCUCUGUCAUCUCCAUGAUCUUUUGUCUCGUCAUCUACUCCCUCACAGGGGUUUAUGGGUACCUGACAUUUGGAAAGGACGUGAAGGCCGACAUUCUGAUGUCGUACACCGGUGAUGACAUUCUGAUGCUCAUUGCCAGGCUGCUGUUUGGAGUCUCCAUCAUCACCAUCUAUCCCAUCAUCCUGCUGCUGGGCAGAUCAGUGAUCCAGGACCCCCUGCUGAGCUGGCGGCGGAGAUGUGAAGGUGCGGUAAUGGAGGAGUUUGAAAGCCGCAGCCGCUACGUGCUGACGGUCCUCUGGAUAACGGUGACACUGCUCAUUGCCACAUUUGUACCAGACAUCAGCAAGGUCAUCAGUGUCAUCGGAGGGAUCAGUGCCUUUUUUAUCUUCAUCUUUCCAGGACUCUGUUUGAUGUUUGCCAUGCAGUCUGAGCCAGUGUCCUGGAAGACCAGAGUCAUCCUCACAGUUUGGGGAGGUGUGACCUUGCUCUGCGGAGCUUUCAUCUUCGGCCAGAGCACCACCAUCGCCGUCAUGCAGAUCCUCGGAAAGAUCUGA